CCCAUUUCCAGGCGCAGGCGCCGCAAUUUCAGCCGCGCAGCCACCGAGGCCCUCAAUGAAUAUUUCUAUUCCCACCUGAGCUGCCCCUACCCCAGCGAGGCGGCCAAGGAGGAGCUGGCACGGAGGGGCGGCCUCAGCGUCUGCCAGGUCUCCAACUGGUUUGGGAACAAGCGCAUUCGCUACAAGAAGAACAUGGGGCGGUUCCAGGAGGAGGCCCAGGCCUACGGGGGCAGCCGGGGCCCCGCCCCCUGCGCAGCCUCCUCGGGUCCCUGA